AUGGAGCCGACGAGCAGCGGCCCCGCGUCGCCCCCGGAGCCCCGGUACACGGAGGCGGCCCCCGGCCCGCCCUCCCCGCCCUGCCCGCCCGACGUGUGGCUCUGCGGCCACCUGCGCAAGCAGAAGUCCCAGCGCCUGCGCUUCUUCGUGCUGCGCGCGAACCCGCCGCGCCUCGAGUGCUACGAGAGCGAGAAGAAGUUCCUCGCCGCGGCCGCCGCCGCCGACCCCGCCGCCCGCCCCGCGCGGCCCCGGCGCUGCGUCAGCCUGGAGGGCGCCUGCACCAUCAGCAAGCGCUCGGACGCGCGCCAGCGCCACCUGAUCGUCGUCUACACCGGCGACAGCAGCCUGGGCGUGGCGGCGGCCAGCGAGGCCGAGCAGCAGGCUUGGUACAGCGCGCUGCUCCAGGUGCGCGCCGCCGCCGCCGCCGCCACCAAAGCCGCGGGUUCUGCCACCCACGAGGACCCCGGGACCUGGAUCCUCGCGCCGUUCCAGGACGUGUGGCCCGUGACGCUGCGCCCCAAGGGGCUGGGGAGCCUGCGGGGCCUGGGCGGCGGCAGUUACCGCCUGUGCCUGGGCUCGGGGGCGCUGAGCCUGCUGCGGAAGCCCGGCAGCCGCGGCUCCCGCGCCGGCCUCGCCCCGCCGCCGCCCGCCCUGCGCCUGUCCCUGCUCAGCGUGCGGCGCUGCGGCCACGCCGACGCCUUCUUCUUCCUGGAGCUCGGCCGCUCGGCGCCCACCGGGCCGGGGGAGCUGUGGCUGCAGGCGCCCGACGCCGUGGUGGCCCGGAGCAUCCACGACACAGUCCUGGCCGCCAUGAAGAGACUGGGCGGCGGGGCCGAGCCCCUGCCCCGAGACGGCCCGGCCGGCUCCCCCGCGCCCCCGGCCCUCUCGCCCUAUGAGACCCCGGCCCCCGCCCCCCGGCCCAGAGGCCUGGGGGAGAAGGCACAGGCGACGCUCCGGUCCCUGGCGCGGCUGGUGCCGGCUGCCUCCCGCUCGGGCGCGCCGGGCCGGGCCGGGGCCGCCGCCGCGGAGGACCCGGCCCCCGACGACUACGUGCACAUGGUGGGGAGCUGCGAGGGGGACGACUACGUGUGGAUGGCACGCCCGCGCGACGCCGGCGUGGCCGCCGGGCACGUGCGGGGCGCAGAGUACGUGCCCAUGAACCCCUUCCCACUGGCGCCCCCUCCCCGGGGUCCGCGCCGCAGCACCGACAGCGCGAGACCCGGAGGACCCUGCGCUCCAUCCUGGACAAGGCUGGUGCGGGAGCGGGGGGUUGCGGGCGUCCAGCCCAAGGCCCAGCCGCCCACCCCCGACAGCUGCCUCAGCUACAUGGACCUGGACCUGGUCCCUCCCCUGGAGGUCCGCGGGGACGCCCCUAGGGCCCGCCCUCACGCCUAUGUGAGAAUCAAGUUCUAGAACCUUCCCAGGCUCAGGUGAGAAACAGCAAACAGAAAACAGAGCCAAAGUUACUAAUGUGCCCCUGACCUCCACUCCCCGCCUUCUAACGUCCUCCUGCUCCCCAGGCCCUGAGGCAGCAGGAUGUGACCUGGCGGUGACCCUCUGCUGCCCCUUGACUUCCUUUCGCGGGGUUUCCCAAGAAAUCCUCACGCACAGAUGCCCCCCAAAUCCGAUUCUUUCAAAGAAACUUCUAGAACGUCUAUACCCCUUCCCCCAAUAACUUACACAAGUCUGGUGCUUCUCAGCUAAACUCCUGA